AGGUAGGAAGAAAACAAAGAGGGAAUUAUAUAAGAGAUGCUGAGAGUAGAAUAUUACAAGAAUGAAGAAAACUUGAAUGAUGCUGAGAAGUCUAGUCAGAUAAUAUUAGGACUCAGCUGCAUCUUACUGUCAUGGAUGAGGGCUGAUGGAGUUAUGAGGACAAUGAACACAGAAAAACUCCUAAAAACUGUACCUAUUAUUCAAAAUCAAAUGGAUGCCCUUCUCGAUUUUAAUGUUAAUAGUAAUGAACUUACAAAUGGAGUAAUAAAUGCUGCCUUCAUGCUCUUGUUCAAAGAUGCCAUUAGACUGUUUGCAGCAUACAAUGAAGGAAUUAUUAACCUAUUGGAAAAAUAUUUUGAUAUGAAAAAGAACCAGUGCAAAGAAGGUCUUGACAUCUAUAAGAAGUUCCUGACCAGGAUGACAAGAAUCUCAGAGUUUCUCAAAGUUGCAGAGCAAGUUGGAAUUGACAGAGGUGAUAUACCAGACCUUUCACAGGCCCCCAGUAGUCUUCUUGAUGCUUUGGAACAACAUUUAGCUUCCUUGGAAGGAAAGAAAAUCAAAGAUUCUACAGCUGCAAGCAGGGCGACGACACUUUCUAACGCAGUCUCUUCCCUGGCAAGUACUGGCUUGUCUCUUACCAAAGUGGAUGAAAGGGAAAAGCAGGCAGCAUUAGAGGAAGAACAGGCUCGUUUAAAAGCUUUAAAGGAACAGCGCCUAAAAGAACUUGCAAAGAAACCUCAUACCUCUUUAACAACUGCAGCCUCUCCUGUGUCCACCUCAGCAGGGGGUAUAAUGACUGUACCAGUCAUUGACCUGUUUUCUACCCCUAGUUCUUCUAACAGCUCAUCAAAGCUACCAAAUGAUUUGCUUGAUUUGCAGCAGCCAACUUUUCACCCACCUGGACUUUCUAUGUCAGCUUCUUCUCAGGUAGCAAGUACAUGGGGAGAUCCUUUCUCUGCUACUGUAGAUGCUGUUGAUGAUGCCAUUCCAAACUUAAAUCCUUUCAUCACAAGUAGUGGUGAUGUUUACCUUCCCAUUCCUGCAGAUGUACCCACUUUUACUACUAGGACACCUACUCAUGAAAUGUUUGUUGGAUUCACUUCUUCUCCAGGUGCACAGCCACAUCCUUCAGCUGGCCUUAAUGUUGACUUUGAAUCUGUGUUUGGAAAUAAAUCUACCAACGUUAUUGUAGAUUCUGGGGGCUUUGAUGAACUAGGUGGACUUCUCAAACCAACAGUGGCCUCUCAGAACCAGAGUCUUCCUGUUUCCAAACUUCCACCUAACAAGCUGGUAUCUGAUGACUUGGAUUCAUCCUUAGCUAAUCUUGUGGGCAAUCUUGGCAUUGGCAAUGGAACCACUAAGAAUGAUGUAAACUGGAGUCAGCCAGGUGAAAAGAAGUUAACUGGAGGAUCUAACUGGCAACCAAAAGUUGCGCCAACAACUGCUUGGAAUGCUGCAACAGUGAAUGGCAUGCAUUUUCCACAAUACGCACCCCCUGUAAUGGCCUAUCCUGCUACUACACCCACAGGCAUGAUAGGAUAUGGAAUUCCUCCUCAAAUGGGAAGUGUACCUGUAAUGACACAACCAACCUUAAUAUACAACCAGCCUGUCAUGAGACCACCAAACCCCUUUGGCCCUGUAUCAGGAGCACAGCUGUCGGCAGCAUCCAGCCCCUCCAGUCACAGUCCUCACAGAGCUUCAGGAAAGGACCCUUUUGCAGAGCUCUCUUUGGAGGAUUUCUUAUAAAUCACUUUAGAUACAGUUUAUGUAACUAGAUGGAAGAGAAUGGAACUAUUUCAAAACGACAAGUGCUCAAGCAGCAAAUACUUACUUGCAGCAAAAUCCAAACUGCUGUCUCCUAAACUCUCUUCUUCCAUUAGAAUGCUACAGUAACACAAUGGAGGCCCAUGAAGGAAAUUGGGACUAGUCUAUAGGAGAAUGUAUUAAUACAGUUUAUAAAGCCAAGAAUUGCCAUGAUUUCAGACUAAGAUCUGUCUUUCUGGUGACUAACCCUUCAGUUCUUUCAACUUCUAUUAAUACCCAUAAUCAGUAACCUACCAAGAAAAGCCCUCAUUUGGAAAGUGCAAAAUUUGUAUUUGGAAAAGCUGCCGGAGAGAAGAGCUAUGUCCUUUACUGUAAUGCAACAGGACUCUGGGGGGAUCAAAAUCAUAACUCUCGAUUAUGCAGUAUCUUUCUUUUCUCCAAUCCUGACAAAAACAGUAAUUACAGUUAAUUUUUCUUUUUUAAAAAAAUUAUAUAUUCAGUUUGCAGUAGACAUUCCUUAAGUAUUUGUAUUUAUUUAUGAUUAUCAAUUUACGUAACAUUAAUAUUGUAUCAAACCUCCUUAUGAAAAUGAGUAUGGAUGUACACAGUAUGUUUGAUUUUUAUCCACAAGAAUGAAUCUGAUUCAGAAUGCUUUUCAGCUGACAUACAGAGCACUAAAUAUUUUAAGGCAAGUCCAUAGGUCUGAAUCGCUUAAGAAUUUUCAGUCUCUAUGGGAUUUAAGACAGCAUUAUAAAUGCAUUAAUUCUUAUAGUCAACUCUGUGCCUAGGAUUUUGCAAGGGAACAGUUCACUGACUAGGAAAAGCACUACAUUAAAUUCAGCAUUAGUGCAUUGGGAAGGAACUUUACUGCUUUGUGCUUGGCAUGUCAUUAUUUUCCAUUUGACAUUAGGGCCUUUCCAAAAUGAAUGUGAGGAAUUGCUUUCACUUCAGGACUUUCCUUCUUUUCAGUAAAACUCUAGGAGGUGUUAUGGGGGGAGGGAAAGGGACAAAAUCCUUGAACCUUUUAUUUGGCUCAUGCCAUGUUAUGAUCAUGUACCUUUUAAACAAGGGUAAAUAAUAUCUUUAAAGUUGAUGUCUAGCCAAGAGUUUAGUUAACAAAUAAACUGCACUGUUGAUCGGUGCUUUGUGUAAAUACAUCUUAACAUUUGGGUUGAGAAGGGCCUUAAGAAGGAAAGUUUGUUGUAGGAAAGCAAUUCUGUACAUGAGUUUAAGCAUACUUGUUGCAUUGUCUUUGCAGAUUCUAUUUUUGUUUACAAUAUUAAAAUGUAUGUUAGCAAAAAUGGGUGGAUUUUCAAAUAAAAUGCAGCUUCCACAAAACUUUUAUGUUAUUCUGGUCUGAGGUACAUUUUCAUUUUUUUUUCUUUGUCAUCAGUAUCAUCAUUUUUUUUGCUAAUAAAAGUAUAUGCAGGUGAUUAUAUUUGCUGGUUUAAUAGAAAGUAAAGUUUAUUACUGUUUUAACUUAAUUUCUGAAAAGACUUAUCUUAGUACUUCUGAUUACCUUCUAGGCUUAUUGAUAAACUAAACUACUUAUUAAAAAUUUUCAUUUUUGCCUUUUGAUCAGAUGCCUUUGGUCAGGUAAGUUCAAGGAGGAGAACGCUUUGAGCAUUGACAUAUUGAUGCAUGUGGUUAUGUCUGCCAAAGAAACCUUUGACUGUAUCAUGUGUCAUAUUGAACAGUGAAUAGGAUUCAGAAUACAUAAUAGAGGAUUAAAAGCUUUGUGCAUUGAUAAAUGUUUGCAUUAUAUUUGCCAUGGUUGGAAAAAAAUAGCCUUUAAUCAAUAUACUUUGUUAAUUUGAACAGUUUUUAAGUUUCAUAAUUAUUAAACCAUUUUCAUAUUAA